AUGCCGCCGCGAAUCCGGCCUCUCCUGGAGAAUCCUAUUGUUAUGGGGAUUCUCUGGUGUAUGCACUGUCUUCGGACCGCGCUCGCUGAGUGGGACCCUGCCUAUAACGACUGGCCCAUCCAGAUCGAAUGCGUCCGCGACGCCAAAGCCUCGGUGAUGUGUCGGCAGUGUUCCGCUCGCAAUGCUUUAUGCUUUCCGGUUGCAACUGCUAUGAUAGGAGAUGGCCACGACCUGGCUGUUCUUCUUUCGUGGGCGCGUGAAAUGUUUUGGGUGGGACAGAUAGACCCGAGCGACCCCGGAAGCUUUGUGGACUGGCUAUUUCCUGCGGAAGCCCGUCUAAUCAUCGCUGGAUUGAUGCAGGACCUGUGUUAA